UCUAGUUGAUCGCGCUACUGCACGCUGGCGAAGUCUCGCUGUGACUUCUGUCUUUUCAUUUUCGAGAAGCCACGGCCAUCAGAAUUUUAAUCAUGGGGAUUUUAGAGAAGAUAGCAGAGGUUGAAAAAGAAAUCGGCAGGACCCAGAAGAAUAAAGCCACUGAGUACCAUCUGGGUCUGCUGAAGGCAAAACUUGCCAAGUAUCGGUCACAGUUGAUUGAACCAACCACCAAAAGCGGAGCUAAGGGAGAAGGAUUUGAUGUGAUGAAAUCUGGAGAUGCCAGGGUUGCACUUAUUGGCUUCCCAUCCGUUGGCAAGUCCACUCUUUUGAACACACUAACCAGGACACACAGCGAGUCUGCAGCCUAUGCCUUCACCACAUUGACCUGCAUACCAGGGGUCGUUGAGUACAAUGGAGCCAACAUCCAGCUGCUGGAUCUGCCAGGAAUUAUUGAAGGAGCUUCACAGGGCAAGGGGAGGGGUCGUCAAGUCAUCGCCGUGGCCAGGACAGCUGACGUGGUCAUUAUGAUGUUAGAUGCUAACAAAGGAGAUGUCCAAAGAGAACUGUUGACAAAAGAGCUGGAAAGUGUUGGCCUGAGAUUAAACAAACCCAAACCAAAUAUAUACUUCAAGAUAAAAAAAGCUGGGGGCUUGUCCUUCAACUCCACACUAACGCUCACCCGGUGCAACGAGAAACUCGUCCAGAUGAUCCUACACGAAUACAAAAUUUUCAAUGCCGAGGUUCUGUUCAGGGAAGAUUGCACGCCUGAUGAGUUCAUCGAUGUCGUUGUAGGCAACAGGAUAUACCUGCCUUGUAUAUAUGUGUAUAACAAGAUCGAUCAGACCUCCAUUGAGGAGGUGGACCGGAUCGCCCAUCAGCCUCACAGCGUGGUCAUCAGCUGUGAGAUGAAACUCAACCUGGACUAUCUGCUGGAAAAAGUCUGGGAAUAUCUCAGCCUCAUCUGCAUCUACACCAAGAGGAGAGGAGAGAGGCCAGAUUUUGAAAGUGGAAUCAUCAUGAGAAGAGGAUGCACAGUUGAACAUGUCUGCCAUGCUAUACACAGAACUCUGGUCAGCAACUUCAAGUACGCUCUCGUUUGGGGCUGCAGUGUCAAGUACAGCCCUCAACGAGUCGGUCUCCAACAUAUCAUGAGCCACGAAGAUGUCAUACAGGUCAUGAAAAAGUAAAACCUACAGGCCAGGGUCCUCAAACUCGACCCGACAUCUUUUCUCGUCUUCAUUUGUCGUGUGUCUUCCCCCCUCCCCGUUUCUUCAACAGUUGCAUUUAUUGGAGGGUAUGUUUUGCUUUGCAUAACUUUAAUCUCAAAAUAAGUCCGCUGACACUUCAGCAUGUUAUCAUCAACUGAAAGGAAAGUCUAAUGGAAAUGGAAGAAGUGGCUGAAAAGGGGACAAAUUGCGGAAUAAAAAUAGUUAUCUCGGCUUCACGGUUUCUAUAAAUUCUAGCAAUUGCUUUGUAAGAUAAGAUUUUUCUCUCUGCCCCUAGCCCGGAUUGUUCAUUUUGAUACAAGUCGCACUUUUCAUUUUAGUGUGGCUUGAAAUGACAACUUUAAUCACACGGUUGCAAUUGGUCAGCGAUGCUCUGCCAGACUGGAGUUUUCCUCUUUUGGGGUAGGGGUUGGAUGAGGAAAUGACCGGGCGGCAGCAAGCCUUUCUUGUCAUUACCAUUUCCCAGACAGAGCACAGACUGUAUGGUAAAGGAGUUUCCAAUCUUGAGUAUUUUUAACUCAUACUCAGAUACCCAAACUCAUCAAAUGAUUUCUAAAGUAAAAAUUGACACAUAUCAGGCAUAAUCCCAACUGUGGAAUGUAAAUCGUGAUGGCAGCGGAUUGUGAGGUGAUCAAUAAAUCCACGCGAAUUCAACUACAA